GCAUGCAAAUUCAGUUCCCUUUGGCUUCUUAGCAACUGUCUGUAAAACGCGGCGAGGACAAACACUACAUUUCACUUUACAAGCAAGCACUGAGCGGCUCCUCCGUGGUGUCAAAAUGAAAGCAAUAAGUCCGGUGAGGUCUUUGAGGAAGAACAGCGCGAGCUUGUCGGAACAUAGUCUCGGAAUUUCUAGGAGCAAGACUCCCGUGGAUGACCCGUUAAGUCUGCUCUACAACAUGAACGACUGCUAUUCCAAGCUCAAGGAACUCGUGCCCAGCCUCCCACAGAAUAAGAACGUUAGCAAGAUGGAAAUUCUGCAGCAUGUCAUCGAUUAUAUUCUGGACCUUCAAAUUGCACUUGACUCUAAUUCCGCUAUUGUUGGCCUCCCACACCAUCAGCGACCAGGGCAGGCUACAUCCAGGACUCCCUUGACAACCCUCAACACAGACAUAAGCAUCCUCUCUUUACAGUCUGCUGAGUUUCCAACAACAGCAGUAAACACAGAUGACAGCAAGAGGCUAUUUCGCUGAACUGGUGUUUGGUUUGGACAGAAACACGGGACGUGACAUUUUUUCAGUUUUUGUUCUGGAUCUGGAUUUCAUCUUUAAUUGAAGUAAGAGACAAUAUUUUCCCCAAGAAAUAAAAUAAAAAUAAAAAUAGGAAGGCAGAAAGAAGAAGGACUGCGUCUAUGUUAUAUUAUUUCGGACAGUUAUUUAUCAAGCCAGACUGUUCUUUCUUCAGAUGGAAGACUUAUAAUAUUCCCGACAACGGGAGCAAAAUAAAAAUAAAAAAGUCGCAUGGAAUCCCCACACCUCAUGAAAAGUCUUUGCCUUCUUGCAAAGGUGGAGCGUGAAUCGAAGAGAACUUGGAUGUUGUUCAUAUUUUAAUUCUGUUGUUUUGUCGAACAAGGAACUGGACAUACCUAUAGUAAAAAUGAAUGCGUGAAACCUUGUGACCUCUCUUGUAUAGUUGCAGAUUCCAUGUUUCUGCAGAAAAUAUGAUUCUGUACUUGAUGCUGAAUUGUUUUAUAAAAUAAUAUUGUAAAUUGUAUCUUUUUUUCUACAAAAAUAAAUAAAUCACAUGGUUUAUUUAAAUAUU